AUGCCAACCAAGGAAGAAAAAGUAAGUAAAGUAAAACAGGAUGCAAAGCGAGCCAAAAAUAAUGAAAAAGAAUUAGAAAAGUUGAUUUCAGAAACGCAGAGGAUAUUAGACCAAGCCAAAAGUAAAAAAGUAAUCCAUGCAAAUAAGGCCGCCCACAAGAAAAGUCAAUGA